AUGUCGUUGCAAUGGAAAGAUCUAAAACAGGAGUACGUGGAGGAACAUCAACAGCGGUCCAGGCAUGGUGCCGAACAACCCGCCCUCUCCUUCCGCGACUGGAUUCUCCAACGGCAGCGCAGCAGCGACGAGCAAGUCGACGCGCUCCUGCGCAAAAAAAUGACCCAAGGCUGGACCAACCAAAAGUUCAUCGAAAACGUCGAACAGAUCCGCGAGAUCAACACUAGUCACUACCUGGAACCCGAAUGGACCACGCCGACGUACUGGCUGCAAAUGAGUAACGUGCCUGCCGACAUCGUCCCGCCCUGGGACAAGGUCCUCCGCAGCAUCAACGAGAACGUGGCCAAAUAUGACCUGACGCAACAGGAGGACCUCCCGUCUCGCCAACUCGUGCCGGCACAGAAGUGCAGUGUCUGCCAGGAGAUCAGCGUGGUUGAUCAUUGGGGCUGGGCGCUGCACGAAUUUUCCGGCGAAGAGGAGUUUACGUACUGGUGUCCUACCCCGGGCUGUGCGUGCAAACUCGACACAAGGACUAUUGAGGACGCGCAGGUGGAGUAUAAGAAGAAAGCCGCGAGACGGAAGCCGUCCCUUAUUAGCAAGGAUCAUGGCAUGGUGGUCAAGACCGGGGUUGAGAAUAUUGUGUGUCCUGAUUGUAGACAUACGCUGUGCAUUGCGUGCGGAUUGAUCAAACAGGGUUCGGCGAAGAAGAGCUGGCGGAAGCUUAUUGAUGGGUAUGUUGAUCCGAUCUCGAAGUACCCCGGAUCGGAGCCUUAUAAGAGGGCUGCGAAACGGGGUGGGUAUGUGGAUAAGUCGAUGAGGGAGCUGUAUACUCCACAUGACCCGAAUUCGGUGGAUGAGAAUAAGCUAGUGCCGAAGAUCAAGGAUGACUUGGAUGAUGACUAUAUGAAGAUCAAGAUAAGAGAGGAGGGCAUGGAGGGUUCGGACAACGAACCUAUUGACCAACUUCUGAAAAACAUCCCUGAUCUCGACAAGGAUGUGGUCGCCCUUCCGAAGGGCAAGAUAGUCGGAAAGCAGCAGGUUUCGAAGGCCAGGGUUGUCGGGCCAAGGGUUGCUCGAUUCGAAUUUAACGGGCUCGCCACGACGGACCUGCCCGACGACUGGUUCAAGAUCCGGAACCAGGAGCUCUAUCACUUCGCCGUGUCUGUUGUGCAGAAGUGGUUCGGGGACAUUGAAUUCCCCAAGGACUAUGACGGCCAGUCGGUUUGGCUGGAGGAGUUGGGGCCGCAGUUCAUUCAGUACGCCAAUGCGGUUGCACAUGAAGACAUCCUCCUCGGCGGAUGGGAGGCCAUCUUGAAGGAUAAGGAGCAGCGCAAGUGGCUGGUGACGGGGAUCAUUGCCCAAAUUAUCGAGAGGAAGAUCUACAAUGACUUGAUGUUUGGGGCUGAGCCCGAGCUGGCCAAGGAGCUGGAGAUGCAGGAUCUCGACUUUGCUGAGACGGAAGGAUACUCCCGCACCAAAUUCGGCACCCACACAAUCAACAUGUACUUACGCGGCCGCAAACUCCCGCGGGACUUCUGGCCCGCAGUCGAUGACCUCGCCGCGCGCACGAUGUUGAUCCUGAUUCCCCUCUGCAACCUCCUCAGCUACUUCAAAUCGCCCGCCUACCGGUCCACCUCCUUCGCUCUCUUCGAAGACUUACACGGCCUCAUCGCCCAAGCGGCGUUUUUCUCCGUCUGCAUGCGCCGCUCCCCCAAUAUCUUCCACAUCCUUUCCGCCACACCCGGGGCAAGAAUGGAUUAUUCCAUUGAAAGCCAGGCUGAUUACGAGCCUUACCGCCGCUCCAAGGAUUUGGCUGAACAACUUAAUAAGGAAUGGGAGGCGGCGCAGAAAGAGGAGAUUGAGAAAGCGGCACCUAGUCGUCGCGCCGAGGUCGAUAGGGAGUACAGGAGGCAGCAGUACCACCGCCUGCGCGGCGCGCGCGUCAAAUUCGCUGUAUGGCCCAUGGUGAAGCGGUAUAAGCCAAUCAACGUUGGCUUGGGAACAAGAAGACGCAACCACCGACUGCGCGCCGGCAUACCGGACGGAGAUAUUAUGGAAACGGAGGAGGGCCAGAAGAUCGUCGAUAUAGGCAAGUGCAUCGUUGUGUAUUACCAGGGCCUCAUGUACCCGGAUACGACUGCCAACCGUGGCCGGCCGUUCUACGAGAAGGUUGAUGGGUUGAGGCUCAUGACGUAUGUUAUGGUGCAAAAGGACAUUCAGAAGAAGCUUGCGGGCCCGAAGAGAAGGAUGAUUUCUUUAGUGCUUGUGUUGGCAAUUUAUAUUGUGGUGUGGUACUGGUGGCAAGAGGUUUGGCGCGAGGCCAGCAAGCUGAAUUUGAGUCCCAGAGAUGCGGUCGUGCAUUUGGGGAAGAAGGCGCAGUGGGCGAAAGAGUACUGGAUGCCAGUGCCGGCUUUGUUCUUUGAUUCUUCGAGGCAUGCUGUGGCUACGUUCGUUUUCUUCACUCUGCCUGCAUUGCUGCUUACUUGGGGUUUCAUCAAGUUUACGUGCUAG